AUGGCAUCCAAUUCCACCGCGGAUCUUCUGGCGCUUCUACCCUUGACAGAGCAACAAAUUGUUUCUGGAGCAGCCAAAUGCCUCGCUCUCCAGAAAUCAGGACGAGAAAUCCAUUCCAAGCGACCAUUCGCAGCGCUUUUGCUAGGUCCUGAUAACGAGACCGUGUUGAUGUCAUCCCUCUCGCUCUCACAUGUCCGACAUGCGGAAUGUGAAUUGGCUCGCAAUGCCGCGGAUAAUUACGAUUGGAACUACUUGUCGAAAUGUACCAUGGUCUCAACGUGGGAGCCGUGUGCCAUGUGUGCCGGGACCAUUUACUGGGCUCAUAUUGGACGGUUGAUCUACCUGGCCUCGGAGAAAGCAUUGCAAAAGCUCACAGGGAGCGGAAAUGUGGAGAAUUUGACUCUCGAUAUGCCCUGCCGGGAAGUCUUUGCGGCUGGGCAAACGGCUGUGGAAGUUUUAGGGCCAUUGAAGGCCGAGGGCUGGGAGGGAAAGGUAGUGGAUGAUGCUGCAUUAUAUUGGUCGAAGCAUACCUAG